UGUCAGCUCGCAACUUUUCAUCGAAAAAAAGGAUUGAAAAUUAUGACGAACAGAAGCAAAAACUUUGCAGAGAUCACUAAUUUGCCACAUCUAAACCAAGAUUGAAUUAACAGAACGAAGAUGAAAAAACAGCAGCCAGGAUUUUACAAAAAUCAUCUAUCAUUCCCAGAAUUCCUUUCACGUGAGAUCUUCAAUUGGUGUCUAUUUCUUGAAGGAAGGAUGUUUGUUGCAGUUGUUCUGGUCCAUCAGGACCUGUCGAAAUAACAACCUGAAGGACAGAUAGGUUGUGGAAGAAGAAAAGCGGUCACUGCAUGCCGCCUUUUUUUUUUAAAUUUUUUUCUUAUUUUUUAUAAUAAUUUUUUUUGCGGUGCUCCCGACCUUACGCAGAAGUGCGAUGAAGAGAGGGAUCUUCAAGAGAAGCCUGAAGCGCUCCUGUAGCAGCGAUGUCACUAUUGCCCCAACGUGGGAUUCGCCGAUCAAAUAAAAAGAAGCUCUCGACUUGUAUGAAAUCAAGAGGUGGAAGGGCGAGGGAAUUUAGAUGAAAGAAAUUAAAAAAAUCCUGUAAACCUGAGGGGCGAAACGGGAGGAAUUUAUUUUUUCUGGUGGUCCAGAAGAAUUUGUAAAUCUUGAUUGAAUCAGGCAAAAAGGGGGUUAAUAAACCCCGUGAGAGAAGAGGAGCGAAAGGCACCCCGUCGAAAUGGGGGUUGCCGAUGACUUCGCGCCAAGUUUCACUCAAAAGCCGCAACUUCGACAGGAGGACGAAGGCAAUCGGCUUAUAUUUGAGUGUCAACUGAUAAGUGCGCCAAAACCGGAAAUAUCGUGGUUUCGUGGCGAUACACAAUUAAGCGAGGAUGGAAGAACAAAUUUUAAAAUACAAAGUGUCGAGACAAAUAAAUUUCUCGUGGUGCUCGAACUCGACGAUGUCAUCGAAACGGACGCUGGCCUUUAUAAGGUCAAGGCGAAGAACAAAAUGGGAGAAGUUGCAGCAUCGAUCAAUCUUAAUUUCAGUCCCGUGGAUGAGCCUAGGGAGAAACAAAUCGACGGAAUCGCACCGACUUUUGCGAAGAAACCAGCGAUCAGACAGGAGGACGAUGGCAAAAGAUUGCUCUUCGAAUGCCGUAUUACCGCUGAUCCAAGCCCGAAAGUUACAUGGUUUCACAAUGGAAAUUUGGUUACAGAUUCGCCAAGACAUAAGCUGACCGUGGAUAAGGACGGACAUUCUUACUUUGCGACAUUGGAAAUAAAAAACGUGACCGUGGAGGAUGCUGGCAAAUAUAAGGUCACCGCAAAGAACGAGCUUGGCGAAUCAAAUGCCACGAUUUCUCUCAAUUUUGACAGCGACGAAGCACCCGUACCGGAAGACGGUAUCAAGCCAACUUUCACCGAACGACCAGUUAUCAGACAAUCGGAUGAUGGGAACACCAUUAAUUUUGAGUGUCGAUUAGUUGGAGAUCCAAAACCAAGUGUCACGUGGUAUCAUGGAAACGAGGAAAUUAGAGACAGUGCAAGAUACAAGAUUUCACUAGAGCUUGAUCAAAAACUCUAUCAUCUUGCCAGAUUACAAAUCAAUAAAGUCAUGAAAGCAGAUAGUGGAGAAUACAGAGCAGUCGCCAAAAACAAACAUGGACAAGGUGUUGCUACGAUUAAUCUUAACUUCGAGGGUGGUGACAAGCUAAAAAUUCCCGAUGGUAAGCCACCGAGAUUUCCCAAGAAACCGACGAUUCGACAAGAAGGUGACAUCCUGAUAAUGGAGUGCAUCCUGGAGGCUCAUCCAGUACCUGAUAUUACAUGGUAUCAAGGUCAAAAGACAAUUGCUGACAGCGCACGAAUCAAGAUGUUCCGCAGAUCAACCGGAAAGGACACAUACCUUCUCACCCUCGAAAUAUCGAAUCCAACCAAGGCCGACGGUGGAAAUUAUCGUUGCAACGCUUUUAACAACUUUGGCGAGAGUAACGCCAACAUUUCGCUCAACUUCCAAGAAGAUGCAGCAGGUUUCGCCCCAUCGUUCAUCGAAAAGCCCCGCAUCAUUCCAAACGAAACUGGCACACUCAUUACAAUGAAAUGUAAAUGUCGAGCGAAACCAAAACCGGAAGUCACUUGGUAUCGUGGCACGACCGUCGUCAAAGAAUCAUCGAAAAUUAAAAUCAAGUCGAAAGAUGCCGAGGAAGACGUGUACGAGCUCAUUCUUGAAAUUAAGGAUCCAGGAGCACCUGACGGUGGCACGUACAGGUGUCACGUGAAAAACGAAUUUGGCGAGAGUAAUGCAAAUCUUAAUUUGAAUAUCGAAGCUGAACCCGAACCGGAAGGUGAUGGUCCGACAUUUGUCGACAAACCAAGAAUUCAAUCACAAAAUCAAGGCAAAUUGGUAAUUAUGGAUUGUAAAGUUAAAGCAUCACCAAAACCAGAUAUCGUCUGGACCCAUGCUGGCAAAGUGGUCCAAGAAUCAUCAAAAAUUUCACUCAGCGUCGUCAAAGAAAAAGAGGAUGUAUAUUAUAUUAAACUCACGCUAAACGAUCCCGGAGCUGACGACUCUGGAUUAUACAAAUGUAACAUCAAAAACGCUUUGGGAGAACUCAAUGCUAAUCUCACAUUGAAUGUUGAAAUUAUACCUGUAAUUAAGGAGAAACCAAAAGUAAUUAAAAUCGUUAAGAAGAAGACCGUAAUAGUUGAAUGUCACGUUUUAUCGAAAUUCGAACCCGAUUGUACAUGGUUCAAAGAAUCAAAUGCUGUCAAAGAAGACGAUAGACAUAAAUUACACGUGGAGAAAGUGAAAGAGGGAGAAUUUGCUGUCAAAUUGGAGAUCGAACAAAUAUCAACGUCUGACAAAGGUACCUACAAAUUAGUAGCGCGAAAUGAAAAGGGUGAAGCUACUUCGCAAGUUGUUGAAGUGACAGAAAUUCCUGAAGAAAUUGAACGACCAAGAAUCGCUUCUGGUUUAAAAUCAACGACUGUCACGGAAGAAAAAAGUGCAGAAUUCACAGCCACUUUGGUACAAAUAGACAAAAAAGUUACUGUCAAAUGGUACAAAGACUCGACAGAAAUUACAUCGUCUAAAGAAUUUAAUACAACAUUCGAUGGCAAGACAAUGACGCUUGUUAUCAAAACUACAAAAUUAGAAUACACUGGCACUAUCAAAGUGGUCGUCAGUAAUGAGGGAGGAAAAGAUGAAUCAUCAGCUCAACUGACGGUUGAGAAAAAGAAGGAGGAAAAGAAGAAGGAAGAAGAGGAGGAGAAGAAAAAGAAGAAAGUAGAGAAAAAAGAAGAGAAGAAGGAGGAAGAAAAGAUCGAGGAAAAGAAAAUCGAGGAGAAAAAAAUAGAGGAAAAGAAAGUCGAAGAGAAGAAAAAGAUUGAAAAGAAGGAAGAGAUAGAGAAGAAGGUGCAAAGUCAGGUGACAAGUUAUGAGUCUGAGGAGGAAUAUGAGGAAGAAGAAGAGGAAACGGUUAGUAUUAUGGAGUCGAGCAUUGCAGAACCUAUCAUCGAAGAAAUUGAUUCUGACUUUUCGCAGGUCGAGGAAAUUCCGGAAUCGAAAACAAACGGUAUCGACAAACCAGACACAAAGAAGAAAGAAGAAACUUUCAAUAAUGUGGAAAAGAUUGAGGAGAAGAAAGUUAUCAAGAAAAAGGUAGAUGAAAAAAUUGAAGAAAAGGAUCAAGAAAAGAAAAAGACUUUAAAAAAAAAGGAACCAGAUUCCAAACCAGAGUCCAAAGAUGUCUCUCGGGAAACCACACCAAAGCCUGAAAAGAAAAUAAGCAGUCGAAAACAAUCAGUUUCGAGGGUGGAAGAACUACGCACUGAGAGUCGUCGAAGUUCUAUUUCAAAAUCUGAAGAAACGAUUUCCCGUGAAGGUUCAAAAACUCCCGAGAGACGCGUUUCAAUGCAACAGGUGGAAGAAGAAGUCAAAACCGAAAGUAGACGUUCCUCAAUUAUGGAAAAAACUGUUGAAAAGAAAAAGGAACUUCCAAGGAGACUCAGUGACACUAAGGGAAGACUGAAUCACAAAUCUUUGAAGAUAGAACCUGAUGAAUUAAAGGUGCAACUUAUUAAAAAGACAAAAUUUGUAGAAGACGGAGACAUUGAGGAUUCACCUAAUGAAUAUAUAAUUGUUAUUGAGAAUCCUGACACGGAAAAUGAGGCUGAUGAUUCAAUUCGAUCCGAACCGAAACGUAAUGCCUCAUUAGAUAAGCGACCAGUACCGCAGUGGGAAGCUUAUAUAAGACAUGAAACAUCUGUUGAAACUUCAAUAGUCAAAGAUUUAGAGGAUACUUUGAGUCGUCGCACAUCUAUUGACACACUUAUCGAUGAGGAUGAUAUGAAACCUGAACGCAGAAUUUCUGUUGAUAAAACUCAAACUCCCAAGAGAGGAUCAUUUUCGAGAGAUAAAUCUCCUAUUAAGGAAAAAAAUAAUUUUAUUAAGGAUGAACCAAUCACUAAACGUAAACCCAGUCUACAGAAACCACAAGAAGAAAAGGAGGAUACUUCGGUAAAAACUAAAAUGACAACACGUGACACGAUAGAAGAAAAGAAACGAGAUUCUAUUAAAAAAGCCAAACCUAUUACUGAAAAACCGGAAGAACCAAAGAAAGACGAGCCAAAACCAAAAGACAAACUUACAGUUGAUGGUACUAAUGGAGUAAUUGAGGACCAAGCACCAACUAAACGAAAACCAUCAAUUGGCAAACAAAUUGAACCCAAGGAAACACCUACACCUUCACGACGAACAUCCACACUCACUUCUGCUGACGAUAAGGAAAACCAUGAUAUAUCCCGUAAAUCUUCUAUUGCGCUUAUGACAGACACUGAGGAAUCACGCGCUUCUUCUCGUAAAUCUUCAUUCACUUGGCCUGAAGAAGAGGAUAUUUAUGUACCGUCAGUCAAACAUUCAAUAAUAGAGGAUGUAAAUGAUGCAUCGCGUAAAUCUUCCAUUGCUCAAAUAACAAUAUCAGAGGAAACUCGCGAUUCUUCUCGAAAAUCAUCCUUUAGUUGGCCGGAAGAAAAUGAGGACAUGUACGUGCCAUCACACAAACUCGAACACAAAGAGAAAAAUCUUAUAACGCCGCGUAAAGAUUCAUUGGCAAUGGAUGAAAAACCAAACGAUAAAGAAGUUACAAAAGAUGAAGAGGAAAAGUCGAAAUCUAUAAAAUCAUCUCUUAUUUCUUCAGAUGAUAAAAAGGUAAAGAAAAAGGUUGUUAAGAGAACAACCGUCAAGAAGAAAAAGGAAGAGGAUAAAGAUAAAAGUACGAACGGUUCUUCUCUUCUGGAACCAGAAAGUGAAAAGGAAAAUGAUAAACCACGAAAAUCUUCUUUUAAUGAAACGAAAGAAAUUGAGAAGGAUGAACCUGUAAAACCAAAGACAGACAUUGGCAAAAAAGAAGAACCAAAGGUUGAACCUUCGACGAAACCUAAAACAACUCUAAGUAAACCUGAAGAACCCAAGACUGAACCGGUUCUUAAACAAAAGGCUACUCUUGGAAAACCUGAAGUACCUAAGAAAGAUGACGAAAUUAGAAGAACCAGUCUAAAAACCACAAAGACCCUUGAAGAGGAGAAGAAGGGCUUAAACAAAGUGGAAUUGAAAAAGGAAAACAACACUGAAGAAAAACGAAAGCCGGCAAGACCACCUAAACAGGAAGUAAAGGUUGAAAGCUUUCAAGCAAUUCAACUGAAACCUGUUAAAAAAUCUGUGAAAGAACCCGAAAAAGUUGAAAAUGGCACUAUUGAACUGAAGAAAGUCGAUAAACCGGAGAAGCAAGAGAUCAAAAGGGUUAAAGCACCGAAGGCAUCGAAACAAAAGGACUAUGAACUUCCUGAGAUACCGGAUUACGAAAGACCAGUUCUUGAAAAACCGCAAGAAUUUGAAUUCAGUGAAUAUGCUGGACGGGAUAAAACGAAACUUGACAGACCUACGACCCAGAAAUUCGAUUCAAAGCCAAAAGUACCGGAAAUAAAGACACCUGAAAUUAAGGCACCCGAGAUUAAAACACCGGAAGCACCGAAGAUCGAGGUCAGCAAAAACGUAUCGCCAGUUCCUAGCAGGAGGGGAUCUAUUAUAGUUCCACCAGGAAGUGGUUCUGGUAGUCGACGAGGAUCCCUUAUUCCUCCUGAAGAAUUAGGACGCAGACCCAGUCUUAUCAUCAGUGACGAGGAGAAUAGAAAGCUGCGCCCUGGUGAGGUGGUCGAUGAGCGCAUGAAGGCGGGAAAGUUACGUCCCGGCGAGGUGUUAGAUACCAAGUCCCGCGGGCGUCCUGGCGAACUUCAAGAUAAGCGACGUCGUCCGAGUGCGGACGUUAGAAGACCAAGCGUGGCGGACCUUGAGAGUAAAAUCAACAAGCCAAGUACACCCCUUCGAGAUGUUGGAAAACCAGGACCACCUCAAAUCGUCGAUUAUCAAGAAUCUUAUGCUGCCACCGAAGAUCAAACGGCGGUACUCACAGUCGAAGUCGAAGGAACACCGGCACCAACAUUCAAAUUCUAUAAAGGCAUCACUGAAAUCGUCGAAGGAGGUCGAUUCAAAUUCUUUACAGAAACUGAAACCAAUACCAUUUCUCUUUGUAUUAAAAAAGCAAAGCCUAACGAUGAAGGUACUUACAAAAUCGUUAUCAGCAAUAUCCACGGAGAGGAUUCGGCAGAUUUGCAACUUUACGUCUCUGACUCCAGUGGAAUGGACUUUAGAACGAUGCUCAAAAAGAGGAAAUACCAAAAGUGGGGAAUCCAAGAUCCAGAUAAGGAGCAAGUUGAUCUCAAAGAAGUUGAGAAACCAAUGCCUGCUCUCAAGAAAGUUGAGAGGAAACAAGAUUCCUUCUUGAAACCACUUGUGGACAGACAUGCUAAGGAAGGAAAAGACAAAAAGGUCGUUUUCGAGGCCAAUUUCUCAAAACCCAAUUGCAAACCCAAAUGGUUCUUCCGCAAAGAUGAAUUGUUUCCAUCACCGAGAUACAAAUUCAAGAACGAGGAAGAUCUUUAUCAGCUUAUCAUCACGGGUCCUAAAGUCGACGACACUGGAAAAUACACAAUCGAAAUUGGCGGAAUUUCCUCGACUGCUUUCCUUACAGUUGAUGAGCCUGAUCCUACUUACAACUUCGUCAAACCAUUACCGAAGAAAACAAGUGGAUUCACAAAACACGAAGCAUAUAUUGAAUGUACCGUCAGUUCUAAUAUGGCUAAAGUUGAGUGGUUCAAAGGGGAAAAGAAAUUGGAGGAUGGAGAUAUUUACAGCAUAUCGAAAGAUAUGUCAGGUGUCUGUAGAUUGGCAAUAAAAAAUGCAACUCUAGAAGACAGUGGCGAAUAUUCUUGUAGAAUUUGCAAACAAACUGACAGAACAGAUACAGUUCUUACCAUUGUUGAAUAUCCAUAUAAAUUCGUGAAGGUCUUGAAACAUCAGACAGCAACUGAAAAAGAAACCAUAACUCUUCUCUGUGAGCUCGACGAUGCUGCCGGUGAAGUAAAAUGGUUCAAAGGUGAUCAAGAAAUUCAGUCCGAUAAGAGAGUGCAAAUAAAGGAGGAAGGAAGAAAACGAAAAUUGAUCAUCAAAGACGCAAAAGUCACUGAUGCUGGAAUGUAUUCUUGCGUGAGCAACGCUGACAAAACCGAAGCUGAACUUAUUGUCAACUACUUAAAUCGCUUCAAUAAGAAGCUUAAGGAUACAACGGCAAUCGAGAGAGAGAAGCUUGUUCUUGAUGUGGAACUUCAGGACCAAACGGCACCAGCAGAUUGGUACUUCAAUGGCAAAAAGAUUGAGCCCAGCGAACGUGUUGAAAUCAAGAAUCUGGGUGGUGGAAAACAUCAACUCGUUUUCAAUAAAUUAGAAAUGGGAGAUGAUGGUGAAAUUACUUGUGAGAGUGGAGAGCUUAAGAGCAGUUGUAUACUUACCGUCAAAAAGGGAGAGAGUAAACCAAUUCCUGAAAUUCCUGACAAAGUUGAAGGUCCUUGCAGUGCACCCAUCUUCUUCACUGUGCCUUACAAAAUCGAAGGCACGAAACAAACACCAGUGGAGGCUAAACUGAUGAAAGACGGCAAAGCUCUGCCUCUCAAGGACGUCGAAAUUGUCGUUGGAGAAGACAAAAUCACAUUCAAGAUCAAGAAGCCUCAGCAUGAUCAAACUGGCAUUUAUCAAGUCAAAAUUGGUAACGGCCAGGGAGAAGAAGUUAAAGAUGUUUUUGUUAACAUGCAAGAGGUUCCAUCUCCACCUUUGGAUGUCGAUGUGAACGAAGUAUUCCAGAAUUCUUGUGUUGUUUCCUUCAAGCCAAGCAAGGACGAUGGUGGUUCACCAAUUACAAAAUACGUUAUUGAACGUCUUGACAUGAGUCUCAAAUCUCAGUGGGAUAGCGUGGGAGAGGUCGCGGCUGGCGAAAAAUGUGUUUACAAAGUCGAAGACCUGGUGGCAAAGAAGGAAUACAAAUUCAGAAUCCGGGCUGUUAAUAAAAUUGGUUCCAGUGAACCUGCUCUCUUCGCCAAACCCGUUUUAGCCAAAGAUCCAUGGGAUGAGCCUGGAAAGCCAACAAAUGUUGAAGUCGUUGACUGGGAUAAGGAUCAUGCAGAUCUCACUUGGACCAAACCAGAAAAUGAUGGUGGUGCACCAAUAACGGGUUAUGUCAUUGAAUACAAAGAGAAAUUUGGAAAAGAAUGGGUGAAGGGCAAAGAGAUUGAGGGUGAUGUGACGAAGGCAACGAUCGAUGGACUUAAAGAGGGAACACAAUAUGAAUUUCGAAUUCGAGCCGUUAAUAAAGCUGGUCCCGGUGAACCGUCGGACGCAACGAAACCGAUUAUUGCAAAAUGUCGUUUUGUUAAGCCCUACAUUGUCGGCGAUGGUCUAACGAAUCUCGUCGUCAAAAAGGGUCAAGUCAUCAAGUACGACAUUAAAUAUGCCGGUGAACCGGAACCGGAAGUUCAUUGGUUCCUUGGCGAGAAGGAACUUGUUCAAGAUUCAACCGAGAGAAUUACAAUCGAUAAGUACGAGUUGAACACUGUUCUCACCAUUCGAAAGACAACUCGAACUGAUUCAGGAAAAUACAAAUUGGUGUUGACCAACAGCUCCGGCACCUGUGAGAGUAAAGCAGAUGUUGUAGUUCUAGAUAAACCGUCAAUGCCAUUGGGACCAUUGAAGGCUGAAGAAGUGCGCUCUGAUCACGUGACAGUAAAAUGGAACAAGCCGGAAGAUGAUGGUGGGACAGACAUCACGGGAUACGUUCUCGAAAAAAUGGACAUGGAAACUGGGCGUUGGGUUCCAGCGGGAGAGGUUGGACCAAACGAUAAUACAUUUACCUUCCAGGGUUUGACGCCGAAGAAAAAUUACAAAUUCCGUGUAAAGGCUGUGAACAAGGAGGGUGAAUCGGAACCGCUCGAAACGGAAGAAGCUAUCAACGCUAAAAAUCCAUACGAUGAACCUGGCAAGCCAAGUAAACCCGAAAUCUUCGAUUAUGACAAUGAGAGUGUAUCAUUGAGAUGGAAAAAACCGGAUACUGACGGUGGCCGACCAAUUACUCAUUACACUGUGGAAAUGAAGGACAAAUUUUCGCCCGAUUGGGUUGAAGUAGCAAAAACUAAAGACGACAAUCCGGAAAUUAAAGUUGAUGGGCUUAAGGAAAAAAUGGUCUAUCAAUUUAGAGUUCGAGCUCACAACAAGGCUGGAUGUUCUCAGCCUAGCGAGCCCACUGACAACCAUGUUUGCAAACACAAAAAUUUGAAACCAAGAAUCGAUAGAACGAACUUGAAGUCCGUCAUUAUCAAAGCUGGUCGCACGCACAAAUGGUCAGUUGAUGUCAUUGGCGAACCUCCACCAGAAUGCAAAUGGAUUUGGAGGGAUAACAUUCCCCUGACAAAUACCGAACGUAUCAAAAUUGAAAACGUCGAAUAUCAUACCGACUUCACAGUUAUUAACGCUGUGAGAAAAGAUACCGGAAAAUAUACUUUGGUUGCUGAAAACGUCAAUGGAAAGGACGAAGAAACUGUCGAAUUAACCGUUCUCAGUAAGCCCGAUUCACCGAAAGGACCACUCGUUGUGUCCGAUGUCACGAAGACAACGGCUAAAGUCAAGUGGGAGAAGCCCGAUGACGACGGCGGCAGUCCCAUCAAGGAGUACGAAAUCGAAAAAAUGGACACGAGAACCGGCAAGUGGGUGCGAUGUGGUAAAAUUCCUGGCAAUUCACCUCUCACUGAAUUCGAAGUCACUGGACUCAAUCCAGGAAGUGAAUAUAAAUUCCGUGUCACUGCUGUCAACGAUGAAGGAGAUUCGGAACCCCUAGAGAGUGAACGAGGAGUCAUUGCUAAGAAUCCAUUCGAUGAGCCUUUGAAACCGGGAACUCCUGACAUUGUUGAUUACGAUAAUGAAUCGGUAACCAUCAAGUGGGCUGCUCCAGACUUCGAUGGUGGAGCUCCGAUUGAAAAGUACAUCAUCGAGAAGAAAGAUCGCUACAAACCAGACUGGGAAAAAGCUAUCGAAGUUUCUGGCAGUGAGCUAACAGCGAAGGUUCCAGAUUUGAAGGAAAAAGGAGAAUAUCAAUUUAGAGUUAUUGCUGUGAACAAAGCUGGACCCUCACCACCUUCAGAUGCAUCCAAGAUGCAGAUUUGUAAAUUCAAAGCUCUGAAACCUAGAAUAGAUCGAACGAACUUGAAAACAACUAUCGUACGCGCUGGUAAGCCUAUCAAGUUCGAUGUUGACAUUCGUGGUGAACCACCACCGGAAGUUACUUGGUACCAAGUAGGACAAGUUGUUAAAUCGGAAGGCAACAUUGAGAUUAUCAAUGUUGAUUACAAUUCAAAAUUGAAUAUCUCCGAUUGUGUACGAAAAAAUACUGGACUCUGGAAAAUUAAAGCUGUCAAUCCUCAUGGUGAAGAUGAGGCUGAAGUUGAUAUCACUGUGCUUUCUGCACCUGGAAAGCCAAAAGGCCCCCUUAAAGUAUCAGAUGUCACAAAGAAUGGUUGUAAGCUCAAGUGGGAUAAACCGGAAGACGAUGGUGGAAAACCAAUCACUGGUUAUCAAGUUGAGAAGCUUGACAAAAAUACUGGUCGAUGGGUGCCCGUUGGCCGGACAAAUGAUACCGAAAUGGAUGUUAAAGGUCUGCAGGAAGGUCACGAUUAUGAGUUCAGAGUGAAGGCUCUCAACGAAGAGGGCGAAUCUGAACCUUUAACAACCGAUGGAUCAAUCAAGGCCAAAAAUCCAUUUGACCUGUCUGGAAAACCUGGAACUCCCGAAUUGGAAGACUGGGACGUUGAUCGUGUGGAUCUCAAGUGGGAACCACCAAAGGAUGAUGGCGGUGCUCCCAUCACAGGAUAUAUUAUUGAGAAGAAAGAGAAAUUGGGACACUGGGAAGAGGCUGUGAUCACUGAUUCACCUCAGCCGAAAGCUCGUGUUCCUGGUUUAAAGGAAGGUGGCACUUACCAAUUUCGAGUACGCGCCGUCAACAAAGCCGGUCCAUCGGAACCUAGUGAACCUACUAAACCUCAUAUAGCCAAAGCUCGUUUCCUGAAACCGUUCAUUAAUCGUGAUAAAUUGGGAACCGUGAAAGUUAGAGCUGGUCAAAUGGUUAAACUUGAUGUCGAUGUCAAGGGUGAACCUCCUCCAACAAUCACUUGGAGUCUCGGUUUGAGACCCCUUGCCGCGAGUGCAAAUCUUAAAAUCGAAAAUGAGGAUUACAACACCAAACUUCAGUUGACAAAUACAACUCGCAGUGACACUGGAAAAUACACAAUCAAAGCUGUCAAUGAUUCUGGUCAAGACGAAGCCGAUGUGGAGAUCAUUAUUCUUGAUAAACCUGGCAAGCCUGAAGGACCGUUGGAGGUUAGCGAUGUGCACAAAGAAGGUUGCAAACUCAAAUGGAAGAAACCUAAAGAUGACGGAGGUUUACCACUGAACAGUUACAUCGUCGAGAAAAUGGACGUCACCACUGGACGAUGGGUACCAGCGGGAACUGUUCUUGAUCCUGAAAAAACCGAACACACCGUCACUGGCUUAGAACCUGGAAAGAAAUACGAAUUUCGAGUCAAAGCUGUCAAUGAAGAAGGAGAAUCGGAACCUCUCCAAACGGACACUUCCAUUCUCGCUAAAAAUCCUUUCGAUCCGCCACCAGCGCCAGGUCUUCCGGAGAUUGUCGACUGGAACGAACACAUGGUGAAACUAAAAUGGGAACCACCGAUUAGGGACGGUGGUGCUCCAAUUACGGGUUACAUUAUUGAAAUGAAAGACAGAUUUGGCACAAAUUAUGUGAAAGCUGCCGAGGUAGAGGGUCCAAUUUGCACCGGAAUGGUGCCAAGAUUAGAGGAGGGAAAUCAAUAUCAAUUCCGAGUGCGUGCUGUAAAUAAAGCCGGACCUGGUGAACCUAGCGAGGCAACAAAUCCUCACACCGCUAAAGCCAGAUACCUGAAACCUUAUAUCGAUCGCACGAAUCUUCAGCCACAAAUGAUUAAGGUCGGUCUAACAUUAACAUUGGAUGUAAAUAUUAUUGGCGAACCACCACCAAAGGUUACUUGGUCUCUCAGAGGCGAAGAACUCACCAAUAAUGACGAGUUUCGCAUUGACAAUGUAGAUUAUCAUACAAAAUUCAUUAUUCUUAAGACCAAACGUAUGCACACUGGCAGAUACGUUAUUAAAGCGGCAAAUGAAGUUGGUGAAGAUAUCGCCGAGGUGGAUAUAACUGUUCUCAGUAAACCUACAAAACCACAGGGACCUCUCGAAGUGUCGAAUAUUACAAAACACGGUUGCAAACUGAAGUGGAAGAAACCAGAAGACGAUGGAGGCAGUCCAGUGGAAUUUUAUGAAAUUGAGAAGCUCGAUCCAUUGUCAGGACAGUGGAUUCCUUGUGGCCGAUCAACCGAACCAGAAGCAAACAUUACCGGCUUGUUAGAGGGUAAACCUUACAAGUUCCGAGUCAAGGCUGUAAAUAAAGAAGGAGAAUCUGAGGAAUUGGAAGCCGAUAAAGCCAUUAUUGCCAAAAAUCCAUUUGAUGAACCUGGUAAACCCGGCAGACCAAAGAUCACCAAUUGGGACAAAGAUUUUGUCGAUCUUGAGUGGACUCCACCGGAGAGUGAUGGUGGUGCACCAAUUGAGAGAUACGUUAUUCAAAUGAGAGACAAGGACGGUAGGCAAUGGAUUGAUGUUACCAGCGUUCCCGGAGACAGAACAGACGCCAAAGUCAAUGAUGGCAUUGAAGAAGGUCAUGAAUACGAGUUCAGAGUUGUUGCCAGAAAUAAAGCUGGACCUGGAGAGCCAAGUGACACGUCAAAGAGCGUGAUUGCCAAACCCCGUUUCUUGGCUCCACACAUUGAUCGCAAGAACUUGCAGAAGAAAGUCAUGCGAGUUGGACAAAUGCUACGAAUCGAGGCUGACGUCAAAGGAGAACCGGCACCGAUUGUUACCUGGAAGCAUAAUAAUCUUGUUCUGAAAACACAAGAUCGUCUCAAAGUUGAAAGUGAGGACUAUCAUACAACUUUCAUUCUAAGCAAAUUGCAGAGAUCAGACACUGGUAUUUAUGUUGUCACAGCGAAGAAUGACAGUGGCACUGACGAAGUUGAAGUCGAACUGCAGGUUAUGAGCAAACCAAGUAAACCGAAAGGUCCACUUGACGUAUCAGACGUGACAGCUGAAGGUUGCAAGCUAAAAUGGAACAAACCAGACGAUGAUGGCGGCGAACCAGUCGAUCACUAUGUCAUUGAACGUAUGGAUGUAGACACUGGCCGCUGGGUACCUUGUGGAACGAGUAAAACACCGGAAGCUGACAUUAGUGGCUUAAACGAAGGCAAGGACUAUCAGUUCCGUGUUAAAGCUGUCAACAGCGAGGGCGAGUCUGAACCUUUGGAAACAUCUAUUCCCACAACUGCCAAGAAUCCUUACACCGAACCUGACGAACCAGGAAAACCAGAAUUGAAAGACUGGGACAAGCAUCAUGUCGAUCUAAAAUGGACACCGCCAAGGAAAGACGGAGGUGCACCAAUCGAGAAAUACAUUAUCGAGAAGAAAGAUCAAUUUGGAAAAUGGCAAAAGGUUUCCGAGGUUCCGGGACAUAAAACCGAAGCCAAAGUGGGAGAUCUCAUUGAAGGACAAAAAUAUCAAUUCCGAGUAAAAGCAUUGAAUAAAGGUGGACUGAGCAAACCAAGUGAACCCAGUGAUACAUUAAUUGCAAAAGAUCGUUUUGCACCACCGAAAAUUGAUCGCACGACAUUACGUGAUAUCACUGUAAAAGCUGGUAAUCACAUUCGUCUUGAUGUGAAAGUUUCCGGUGAACCACCACCGACUAAGACGUGGUACCUGAAUAAAAAGGAGCUGGAGGAUUACAAGGAUGGUGUCGCCAUUGAAAUUGAGGAUUACAAGACGAAAUUCGUUAUUUCAGCAGCUGCUCGUUCGCACACUGGUCAUUUGACUCUUAAGGCGGAAAAUAGUUCCGGCAAGGAUGAAGCGACAAUCAGUGUGACUGUGUUGGACAGGCCGGGUAAACCGGAAGGACCACUGGAAGUUUCAAAAGUGCACAAGGAAGGUUGUAGCUUGAAAUGGAAUCCACCGUUGGAUGAUGGUGGAGUGCCAAUUGAUCAUUAUGCAGUCGAAAAAAUGGACACUGCUACUGGCCGCUGGAUUCCUGUCGGUCGUACAUUAGAGCCAAAAAUGGACGUGGAAAAUCUUGUUCCUGGUCAAGAAUACAAAUUCCGUGUUUCCGCUGUCAAUGCUGAGGGAGAGUCCGAGCCGUUGGUAACUGACGUUGGAAUCAUUGCCAAGAAUCCAUUUGAUGAGCCUGGAGCACCUGGUCGUCCGGAAGCAACAGAUUGGGAUAAAGAUCACGUUGACCUUAGAUGGACUCCACCUGUAACCGACGGUGGAUCUCCAAUCACUGGCUACGUGAUUGAAAAACGCGAAAAAGGCAGUCCAAAAUGGAUCAAAGCUGGUGAAGUUUUUGGUCCCGAUUGCAAAGGUCGCGCUGAUAAUUUAGACGAAGGAGUCGAAUAUGAAUUCCGCGUCAAGGCUAUAAACGCUGCUGGUCCCGGUGAACCGUCUGACGUGAGCAAGGGCAUCGUCGCCAAGUGCCGAAGAAUGCCACCAAAGAUCGACCGAAGAAACCUGCGGGAUCUUAUUGUCCGCGAAGGUGAGCCAAUUCGUUUUGAUGUCAAAGUUUCCGGUGAACCAGCACCGGACGUUAGCUGGUUGUUGAAUAACAAAAGCAUUCAGCAAACCACUUAUCGUCGAGUGGAGAAUGUGCCUUACAAUACGAAAUUCUUCAAUGAAAAACCAGAGCGCAAAGACAGUGGAAUUUAUAAAAUCACAGCCUCCAAUCAGUACGGAACGGAUACUGCAGAUGUUGAGGUCACAGUUGUUUGCAAACCCGAUAAACCGGAAGGUCCAUUGGAAGUGUCUGACAUCCACAAGGACGGAUGCACACUCAAGUGGAAGAAACCGAAAGACGAUGGCGGCGAACCAAUCGAGACUUAUUUGGUCGAAAAAUAUGAUCCAGAAACGGGAGCUUGGGUUCCGGUUGGUAAAACUUGCGGAACUGAAAUGAAAGUCGAUGGCUUGACUCCCGGUCAUGAGUACAAGUUCAGGGUCAAAGCACAAAACAAAGAAGGGGACUCUGAGCCCCUCGAAACUUUCGGAUCUAUUAUUGCUAAAGAUCCGUACACUGUACCUUCUGCACCUGGAGCACCAGAGCCCGCGGAUUGGACGGCCAACCAGGUCGAUCUGGUUUGGAAGGAGCCGGUCAGCAACGGUGGAUCACCAAUCACUGGAUACAUUAUCGAAAAGAAGGACAAAUACAGUACCAUGUGGGAGAAGGCCUUGGAGACUGAUUCUCCUUUGCCAAAAGCACUUGUCACUGGCCUUAUCGAGGGCAACGAUUAUCAAUUCCGCGUUAUGGCCGUCAAUAAAGCUGGUCCAUCUGAACCGAGUGACGCCAGCAAAACAUUCACCGCUAAACCCCGAUUCUUGGCUCCGAAGAUCGAUCGUCGCAAUUUGCGCGAUGUGACACUCUCUGCCGGCUCGACCCUGAAAUUCGAUGUAAACGUGAUUGGCGAACCGCCACCAAAAUGCGAUUGGCGAUGGGCAACGAACCCUUUGACACCCAACAAACAAGUUUCAAUCGACAAUUCAGAUUACAACACAAAAUUGACAAUACGUCCGGUGAAACGCGGCAAUACCGGCGAGUACACAAUCACUGCCAUCAAUUCUUCCGGCAAAGAUACCGUGUCCGUAAUGGUGACAGUGACGGACAAACCCGCACCACCCGAGGGACCACUAAGUGUCACGGACGUUCACAAAGAAGGAUGUCAAUUGAAAUGGAAGCGACCAAUUGACGAUGGCGGUACUCCAAUCGAAUACUAUCAAGUAGACAAAAUGGAUCCAGAAACUGGAUGCUGGGUACCUUGUGGACGCUCAACCGAGCCAAAUCUUGAGGUAACCGGUUUGACACCUGGCAAGGAAUAUAAAUUCCGCGUCUCGGCAAUUAAUGCCGAGGGUGAAUCCGAACCGCUAGAGGCAGAUCAAACGAUUCUCGCCAAGAAUCCUUAUGACGAACCUGGCAAACCUGGCGAUCUUCAAGCCACCGACUGGGACAAGGAUCACGUCGAUCUCAAGUGGAAACCACCAUUAAACGAUGGUGGUUCACCGGUGACGAGUUACAUUAUCGAGAAAAAAGACAAAUACGGAGAGUGGGAGAAAGCUCUAGAAGUUCCAGCUGACAUGACACGAGCAACGGUUCCUGAUCUUAUUGAAGGCCAACCGUACGAAUUUAGAGUUCGUGCAGUGAACAAAGCUGGACCUGGCGAACCAUCAGACGCCACGCCGACAAUAUACGCAAAACCACGUAAUUUGGCGCCAAAGAUUGAUCGCACAAAUCUUAUUGAUGUGCGAGUUAAAGCCGGACAGAACUUUGUGUUUGACGUAAAAGUCACGGGUGAACCGGCUCCAAAAACCACAUGGUUCAUUGGCAGUAAACAAAUUAUAUCUUCAGAUCGAAUAAAACUCAAGGAUGUUCCUUACAAUACAAAUUUGAAUGUUCGAAUGGCCACGAGGGCUGAAUCUGGAAAAUUCAUGAUCACUGCUGAAAACAUCAAUGGCAAGGAUAUUGCCUACGUGAAUGUAGUCGUUCUCGAUAAACCCGGUAUGCCCGAGGGACCACUCAAGGUCUCGGACAUCACUGGCGAGGGUUGUAAUUUGUCCUGGAAACCACCUGAAGACGACGGAGGACAACCCAUUGAGAAGUACGUCGUGGAGAAGCUGGACGAGACAACUGGACGAUGGGUACCUGCCGGAGAAACUGACGGGCCCGAAACUUCAUUAAACAUUGAGGGUCUUAUUCCAAAUCAUAAAUACAAGUUCAGAGUUCGUGCGGUCAACAAGCAGGGCAAAUCGGAACCGCUGGCAACAGCGGCGAGCAUUGAGGCGAAAAAUCCAUUUGAUGAACCAGGGAAACCAGGAACGCCAAAGAUUAGUGAUUACGACACGGACUUUGUCGAACUGGAAUGGAAACGUCCCUCUUCUGACGGCGGUUCACCUAUUACCGGUUAUAUUAUCGAAAAACGGGAUAAAUACAGUCCCACUUGGGAGAAAUGUGCAGAAGUCGAGGGCGAUAAAACGAUUGGUCGUGUCAAUGAUCUUCAGGAAGGAAAUCAGUACGAAUUUCGUGUCAAGGCUGUCAACAAAGCAGGACCCGGUGAACCAUCCGACGCUACCAAACCUCACAUUGCUAGACCUAAGAAUCUGCCGCCGAGAAUUGACCGCAAAUACAUGAUGGACAUCAAAGUUCGAGCCGGAAGCUUCUUCGACUUUGACGUUCCCGUCAUUGGCGAACCGCCUCCACGAAAAGAAUGGACUCUCAAGGGCAAUGUGGUCAGUUCAACGGACCGCAUUAAAAUCACAAAUGAGGAUUACAAUACGAAAGUUCGUGUUUUAGAGGCGAAACGUUCUGAUUCAGGAGAAUACACAUUGACGGCAAGAAACUCAAAUGGCAAGGACGAGGCAACAUUGAAUGUCAUUGUUCUGGAUAUUCCAUCGCCACCUGAAGGACCUUUAAAGAUCAGCGAUAUUACGAAAAAUAAUUGCAAACUCUUUUGGCGACCAUCGAAAGACGAUGGUGGCUCUGAGAUUUUGUACUAUUCCAUUGAGAAAAUGGACGCCGAGAAUAUGCGAUGGGUUCCAAUCAUGGAGGCAUCAGACACUUUUGCCAAAGUUGAACAUCUAAUUGAGGGUCAUGAAUACAAUUUCCGCAUUCGUGCUGUCAACAAACAGGGUGAAUCAGGGCCGUUGACAGGAUUAGAGAGUAUCACGGCUAAAGAUCCAUUUGGAAAACCAGAGAAACCUGGUGCGCCAGUGGCGACGGAUUGGGACAAGGAUCAUGUUGAUCUUGAAUGGACGCCACCUAAGCGCGAUGGCGGAUCACCGAUCACGAGUUAUAUUAUUGAGAAGAGACCGAAAUUCGGCAAUUGGGAGAAGGCUGCCGAAGUUCCGGGAAGUAUGACUUCUGGUCGAGUGCCAGAUCUCACUGAGGGUCAAGAGUACGAGUUCAGAGUCAUUGCUGUCAAUAAAGGUGGACAGGGUGAACCUUCCGAUGCUUCACUGCCGAUCGUUGCGAAACCACGCUUUCUUAAGCCAAGUUUCGAUAAACAUAUGCUGCAAGAUAUGGUUGUCAGAGCUGGUCAAAAGAUUGGCUACGAUAUUCCUAUUGAAGCAUCACCAAAACCUGUUGCUUCGUGGACAAUUAACGGUGUUGACGUUCUUGCUGAUGAUCGUCACGAUAUUUUUACUACCAAUAUUAAUACCAGUUUUGAAAUUCCAUUCUCCUGUCGUGCUGAUUCUGGAAGAUACACUCUCACGCUUACCAACAGCCAAGGAAGUUGCAGUGCCAGUGCAAAUGUUACUGUCAUCGACAAGCCAUCACGACCUCAAAAACCACUGGACGUUUCCAAUAUAACGAAAGAGAGCUGUCAUCUCUCGUGGCUACCACCUAAAGAUAAUGGAGGCACUCCAAUUCUUCAUUACAUAAUCGAAAAAAUGGAUCUUUCUCGUGGAACUUGGUCAGAUGCUGGAAUGAGCAUGAUACCAAAACACGACGUGACUCGAUUAGUUCAUCGAAAAGAAUAUCUCUUUAGAGUCAAGGCUGUUAACAGUGUAGGCGAAUCGGAACCUCUAGAGACAGAAAGCAGCAUCAUUGCCAAGAAUGAAUUUGAUGAACCCGAUGCACCUGGAAAGCCGCGUAUCGUCGAUUGGGACAAGGAUCACGUUGAUCUUGAAUGGCCAGCUCCACAAAACGACGGUGGAUCUCCAAUAACUGGAUAUAUCAUUCAAAAGAAGGAGAAAGGAAAUCCUUACUGGACAAAUGCCGUUCACGUGCCACCAUCGCAAACUAGUGCAACUGUUCCCGAUUUAACAGAAGGACAGGAAUACGAAUUCCGAGUGAUUGCUGUUAAUGCUGCCGGUCAAUCAGAACCGUCCGAACCGAGUGAUCUUGUCACAGCUAAACCGCGUAACCUUGCUCCCAAGAUAAAGACACCGUUGAAUGAUAUUCGCAUUAAGGCUGGUCUGAUAUUCCACGUGGACAUUGACUUUGUUGGUGAACCAACACCCGAAGUUAGAUGGACAGUCGCGGGUAAAGAACUGCAGACUAAUGAUCGAACAACUGUAACUUCCAUUGGAUAUCAUACGAUUCUUCACACUGUGAAUGCCAAGAGAUCUGAUUCUGGUACUUAUCAUUUGCUUAUAAAGAACGAGAAUGGAAUCGAUGAGGGCAGCUUCCAAUUGACAGUUCUGGAUAGACCCAGCCCACCUCAAGGUCCUCUGGAGUAUGAAGAGGUCACAAGUCAAUCAGUCACUCUCUCCUGGAAACCACCUAAAGAUAAUGGAGGCAGUGAAUUAACUGGAUAUGUUAUCGAGAAACGCGAUUUGACUCAUGGAGGAGGAUGGGUUCCUGCUGUAACUCAUGUUAAUCCUAAAUAUAAUCACGCAACUGUUCCUCGGCUCAUCGAGGGAACCAAAUACGAGUUCCGAGUUUGUGCAGAAAAUUUCCAAGGAAAAUCAGAGCCUUUGAACACCGAUCGUGGAGUUGUUGCGAAGAAUCAAUUCACUGUGCCUGGCCAACCCAGCAAACCCGAAUGUAUUGACGCCAGCAAGGAUCACAUUAAAAUCAACUGGAAACCACCAAUCAGUACAGGUGGUUCGCAAAUUCUUGGCUACGACGUGGAACGUCGAGACCGAGCAACUGGUCGUUGGAUCAAGCUGAAUAAAGAUCCAGUACAACCAACAGAAUACUAUGACGAUCAUGUAACUGAAGGUCACCAAUAUGAAUAUCGCGUGACUGCCAUUAAUGCAGCUGGCGCCGGUAAACCCAGCGAAACAUCAGCUGUAUUUACUGCCAAGCCAAUGAAGGAGAAACCAAAACUCUAUCUCGAUGGACUUAUUGGACGCAGGAUCAAAGUCCGAGCUGGAGAACCUAUCAAUAUUCAUAUUCCUAUAUCGGGUGCACCUACACCGACAAUCGAAUGGACCAAAGAUAAAAUUAAGAUCCCCGAAACACUUCGCAUAUCAUCGGAAACCAAGAAUGAUCACACUCAUUUACUGGUUGAUAAAUCCGUUCGAGAAGACAGUGGAAAAUAUACGAUUACAGCCGUUAAUGAUUAUGGAAGAGACUCUGCUGAUAUUGAUGUCAUUGUUGUUGAUAAACCUGGACCACCUGGUGGCCCGAUUCAUUACACUGGAACAACACAAGAUUCUGUUUCACUCUCUUGGAAUCCACCGGAAGAUGAUGGUGGUUCUUCCAUCACCAAUUACAUUGUCGAAGUUGCUGAUUACGGUACAGACAAUUGGCGACAGUGUCCUGGCUAUUGUCCCACGACUCACUUCAUUGCAAAGGGAUUGUCCGAGGGCAAGAAGUACGUGUUCCGAGUUCGUGCCGAGACAAUGUACGGCGUCUCCGAGCCAUUGGAAGGCAAACCAGUCAUUGCCAAAUGUCCUUUCGAUCCACCAGAUGCACCAAGUCAACCAGAAAUUCUUGGAUACACGCCAAACAGUUGCAGUUUAACGUGGAAUCCACCUCUCAACACUGGUGGAAAACCAAUUACUGGUUACUAUGUAGAGAAACGAGAACGUGGCGGCGAAUGGUUGAAGGUCAACAACUAUCCAACUCCAAACAACUCUUUCACUGUGCAAGAUCUUCACGAUGGAGGUCGAUAUGAAUUCCGUGUGAUUGCCGUUAACGAAGCCGGUCCCGGAAAACCUAGCAAACCGACCGAACCAAUCACUGCCGGACAUCAAAGACUACCCCCUGAUGCUCCUGAACAACCGAAACCAGACCGCAUCACCAAGGAUUCCGUCACACUGUCUUGGCGUCCACCACGAAACGAUGGCGGUGCCAAAGUCCGAGGAUACAUUAUCCAACAGAAGAAGGCCAGAGGCGAUGAUGACUGGAAGGACGUUAAUGGUGUACCAGUGCCAGCGAAUGUAUUUACAGUUCCAAAACUUACCGAAGGCGAGGAAUAUCUGUUCAGAGUUAUUGCUGUCAAUGACAUUGGCCAAAGUCCACCAAGUCGUCAGAGCAAUCCAAUUGUCGUCGAGGAACAACCCAACAAACCACUCAUGGACCUUGGAGGUGUUCGUGACAUCACAGUUCGUGCUGGUGAAGAUUUCUGUAUUCAUGUACCAUAUGUUGGUUUCCCAAAACCCAUUGCUACCUGGUUUGCCAAUGACAUCGUUAAAGACGAAACAGAUUCUCGCGUUCAUCAACAAUUGGCCGACGAUUACGCCAGUCUUGUAGUGAAGAACUCAAAACGCUCAGACGCCGGUCAAUAUCGUUUGCAAUUGAGAAAUUCAUCUGGUUUCGACACUGCAACAGUCAACGUUCGUGUUCUCGAUCGUCCAAGUCCACCGCAAAACCUACGGGCCGACGAAUUUGCCGGUGAUGCACUCACCCUUUUCUGGAAUCCACCCAAGGACAAUGGUGGAGCGGAAAUUACAAACUACGUAAUUGAGAAACGUGAACCACGACAACUCGCUUGGACAAAGGUGAGCGGAUACGUAACAACUCCGUUUGUGCGUGUCCGAAAUCUCGAAGUUGGAUCACUUUAUGAAUUCCGCGUAAUGGCUGAAAAUCAAUACGGAACGUCAGAUCCGGUCACUACUAUUGAUCCUAUUCAGGCACGUCAUCCAUUCGAUCCACCAGGUGCUCCAGGUGCUCCUCGAGGAAUUGAAACAACAGAGGAUAGUAUCACGAUCACUUGGACGAAACCACGUCACGAUGGUGGAUCACCAAUCACUGGCUACGUUAUCGAAAAGCGUCUCAUGAACGAUGAUAAAUGGAUCCACGCGACUCAGGCCCACAUUCCCGAAACGACUUACAAGGUCGGCGGAUUAAUUGAAAAUCACGAUUACGAAUUCCGCGUCGCUGCUGUAAAUGCCGCGGGUCAAGGACCAUGGAGCUUGAGUUCGGACGCCAUUCGCGCAAGUGCUCCAACAUGCCCACCAAAGAUCACCAGCGAUUUGAGUAUUCGCGACAUGACAGUGAUUGCUGGCGAACCAUUCACAAUAACAGUUCCAUUCAACGCUCAUCCAAAACCACGACCACACUGGUGUAUCAACGGCGAAGAUGUCCUCACCGAUGAGCGCAUCAAAUUCGACACUUCGGAUCAUGCCUCGAAAUUCAUCAACAAAAAAGCCAAACGAUCGGAUACUGGAAACUACACGAUUUAUCUGACAAAUACUGUUGGAACCGACUCGGCGUCUUGCAAGGUUCUCGUCGUCGACAAACCCUCACCACCACAAGGUCCUCUCGACAUUUCGGACAUCACACCCGACACUUGCGCACUCUCCUGGAAAGCGCCAUUCGACGAUGGUGGAUCACCAGUCACGAAUUAUAUUGUCGAGAAAUUGGAUCCAGCCGGUUUCUGGGUGAAAUUGAGCAGUUUUGUGCGACACACACACUACGAUGUGAUUGGCCUGGAACCAAAUAAAAAAUACAACUUCCGAAUUCGCGCUGAGAAUCAAUAUGGCGUUUCGGAUCCACUCGUUGCUGAUGAGCCAAUAACAGCCAAAUUCCCAUUCACUGUUCCUGAGCCACCGGGUAAGCCGCGUGUUACCGAUUGGGACAGUACCAGCAUUACGAUCCAUUGGGAACGACCAUUGACGGACGGUGGUUCCAGAAUUCAAGGCUACAAGGUGGAAUUCCGCGAUCCAGCCGACGAUGCCAAUUGGCGUAUAGCUAACGAUUACCUAGUGAAGGACACGAGUUAUAUUUGCUACGGUUUAGGGUGUGGACACGAGUAUGAAUUUAGGGUACGCGCAAAGAAUGCCGCUGGUCUCAGUAAGCCUAGUCCUCCGUCGACUACUUUCAAAUUGAAGAACAAAUUCAACGUCCCGUCACCGCCUGGAACACCACAGGUUGUCAAAGUUGGAAAGAAUUACGUCGAUCUCAGAUGGGAAGCACCGGAAUCCGAUGGUGGUAGCCGUAUCACCGGUUACGUCGUUGAGAAACGUGAAUUCGGCGGUGGUAAUUGGAUCAAAUGCAACGAUUACAAUGUCACCGAUUUAGAAUACACCGUACUUCACCUAAUCGAGAAAGGUGACUAUGAAUUUAGAAUAUUUGCCGUGAACGCAGCGGGAAGAUCAGAGCCCAGCUCUUGUACAACACCAGUGAAGAUUUGUGAAGUUGAAGGUGGACAAAAACCGGACUUUAUUCGAUCAUUGCCCUUCAGUCAAGCGGUACCUCUUGGCAAGACACACGUGUUCGAAUGCGAGGCGACUGGUAAACCAACACCCACAUCACGAUGGUUGAAGAACGGUCGUGAAAUAACAUCAGGUGGUCGAUUUAAAAUGGAAUCAAUCGAAGGUGUAUUCCGAUUGGUAAUAUCCGAAGUUUGGGACGCAGAUAACGGUGAUUACGUAUGUCAAGCGAGUAAUCCAGUUGGAUUUGCCAGCACUUCGUGUAGAUUAAAGAUCGGCACGCCGCCAAGGAUUGAUCGUUUGCCGGAAGAUUUGUAUUUGCCCGAGGGUGAUAACACCAAAAUUAAGAUCUAUUAUAGCGGUGAUCAACCAAUGGAUAUUUCACUAAAUAAAGACGGACGGGAGAUUGUUGAAUCAACUCACAUUAAAUACACCGUUUUUGAUGAAUACCUGAUUAUUUUCAUCAAAGACGUAAAUAAGGAUGACGCCGGUAAUUAUGAAUUAUCGAUAAAGAAUAACAGUGGCAGUGUCAGUGGAUCAUUCAAUGUUAAUAUCACUGGACUUCCGGGACCACCGACAGGGCCUCUUGAUGUUACGAAUAUUGACAAACAUACCUGUACACUGACAUGGCAUCCACCCAAAUAUGACGGUGGACUGAGAAUAUCACACUAUGUCAUUGAACGCCGUGAUCUUAAUUACGAUCGUUGGAUCAUUGUUACGUCCUUCUGCAAGGAACACAGUCACAUUGUACUUGGAUUGACAGAAUAUCAGGAAUAUCUGUUUAGAGUUAUGGCUGUCAAUGAGAAUGGUAUGGGACCACCUUUGGAGGGAACGAAUCCCAUCAAGGCUAAGGGACCGUUCGAUCCUCCUGGACCACCUGGCACACCAAAGAUCCUCGAAGUCGGUGGAGACUUUGUCAACUUAUCCUGGGACAAACCGGAAUCAGACGGCGGUGCAAGAAUACAGGGUUACUGGAUAGAGAAACGAGAAGUUGGUAGUCAAACUUGGCAACGUGUCAAUGCGCUCAUCAGCUUGACGAAUCAGAUCAACAUUACCAAUCUCAUUGAAGGUAGACAAUACGAAUUCCGUGUGUUUGCCCAAAAUGAAGCCGGUCUCAGUCCUGAGUCAAAGGCCUCCACUUCAGUUAAAGUGAAAGAUCCAUUGGAAGUAAAGGCACCCGAAGUACUGAAACCACUCGCAAAUGUCAAUUGCGUACAGAAUCACAAUGCACACUUCAAGUGCGUAAUCAGUGGUUCGCCGAGACCAAACAUCACUUGGUUUAAGGGAGCAAGGGAGAUUGUUAACGGAUCUCGUUACCAGAUCUAUUCGGAUGGUGAUUGUCACAAUUUGAUAGUGAUGGACGUAUUUGGCGAAGAUGCCGAUGAGUAUGUGUGUCGCGCUGUCAAUAAGGGAGGUGCCAAAUCAACAAAGGGCGAACUCUUCAUUAUGACACCACCGAAAUUAAAUGUUCCGCCUAGAUUCCGCGAUCUUGCCUUUUUCGACAAAGGCCAGAACGUUGACAUCAAGAUUCCCUUCACUGGAUUCCCGAAACCGAAAAUCUCCUGGGUCAGAGAGGGCGAAACUAUCGAAUCAGGAAGUCAUUACGCGGUCGAGGUCACUGAACGACACGCUAUUCUCACCAUUCGAGAUGCGAAUAAAGUUGACUCCGGUCCCUAUCGUAUUACAGCUGAAAAUGAACUCGGUCAAGAUUCGGCAAUCAUUAAAAUUCAAAUUAGCGAUCGUCCUGAUCCACCGAGAUUCCCGCAAAUCGACAAUGUGGGACAUGAUUCAUUGGCUCUUAGUUGGAAACCUCCACUUUGGGAUGGUGGUAGCAAUAUCACGAAUUACCUUGUCGAGAAACGUGAACAUCCAAUGAGCAGUUGGAUACGUGUUGGCAGCACAAGAUUCUGCACAAUGGCUGUUAGUAGUUUGAGACCUGGGAAACAAUACGAUUUCCGUGUGUUUGCCGAGAAUGUUUAUGGUCGCUCGGAGCCCAGUGAAGUGUCACCGCUCGUCACCACCAAGGGAUCAAUCAAGAGAGAAUUCAAAAAGAAGGAAUACAAAGUUGAUGAGACCGGCAAGAGAAUACGUGGACGUGAUGAUGAGAAAGUUCAAAAUUAUGAUCAAUUUGUCUUUGAUGUGUAUAGUAAAUACGUGCCACAACCAGUGGAAAUUAAGCAUAUUUCUGUUUACGAUAAAUACGAUAUUUUGGAAGAGAUUGGAACUGGCGCAUUUGGUGUUGUUCAUCGUUGCCGUGAGAGAGCAACUGGCAAUAUUUUUGCCGCUAAAUUUAUUCCCGUAUCCCAUCUCAUGGAGAAGGAACUCAUUCGAAAGGAAAUUGAUAUUAUGAAUCAUCUUCAUCAUCCGAAAUUGAUCAACUUGCAUGAUGCCUUUGAAGACGAUGACGAAAUGGUUUUAAUCUACGAGUUCUUAUCUGGAGGCGAACUAUUUGAGAGAAUUACAUCAGAAGGUUACUCGAUGUCUGAAGCAGAAGUAAUUAAUUACAUGCGACAGAUUUGCGAUGCAGUAAAACAUAUGCACGAAAAGAAUAUCCUCCACCUUGACAUCAAACCCGAAAAUAUUAUGUGCCAAACACGUAACAGUACGAGUAUCAAGUUAAUUGAUUUUGGCCUCGCUACGAAAUUGGAUCCAAAUGAGAUCGUCAAGAUCAGUACAGGAACUGCCGAAUUUGCUGCUCCUGAAAUUGUUGAACGUGAACCAGUUGGUUUCUACACUGAUAUGUGGGCCUGUGGAGUCCUGGCUUAUGUUCUAUUGAGUGGCCUCUCGCCUUUCGCUGGCGAUAAUGACAUCGAGACACUGAAGAAUGUUAAAGCCUGUGACUGGGACUUUGAUGCAGAAUCAUUCCGUCACGUGUCUGAUGAAGGCAAAGACUUCAUCAGGAGACUACUCGUUAAGAAUAAAGAGAAGCGCAUGACCGCUCAUGAGUGUCUCAUUCAUCCUUGGCUGAAGGGUGAUCACACCAACAAAACACAAUCAAUCGACAACAAUCGGUACAAGAGCUUCCGAGACAGAAUUCGUGCCCAAUACGAUAACUGGGACAAAUAUGUUCUACCCAUCGGCAGGUUAGCUGAAUACUCUGCACUCAGGAAGCUUCUUAUUGAAAAAUACAGGAUAAUAGACACUACCAUAGAUCGUAGACAAGCAGCUCCAAGAUUUGUCAUCAAACCGCAAAGUGCCUUCUGUUACGAAGGACAGAGUGUCAAAUUCACGUGUCGUGUUAUCGCCCUGGCACCGCCAGUUCUCACCUGGUUCCACAAUAAUCAAGAACUCCGACAAUCUGUUAAAUUCAUGAAACGAUAUAUUGGCGAUGACUACACAUUCAUUAUUAACAGAGUUAAACUCGAAGAUAGAGGGGAAUAUCUCAUCAGGGCAGAAAACUCGUACGGCUUCCGAGAAGAAGUUGUAUUCCUCAACGUGCAACCUAUACCUAAGGAAAUUCCAGCAUAUCGUCGUGAAUUGCAACCAAUUCGAAGACGUGAACCACUUCCUUAUCAUUGUUGGGUGGAAACUACUGAAUGUGCACCAGACUUUACAUUCUUACUUAGACCUCGUGUUAUGCAAAUUAGACAAACUUGCAAGCUUUUAUGUUGCUUGAGCGGUAAACCGCCACCAACGGUGAAAUGGUACAAGAACCAGAAAGAACUUUCCAAAUAUGAAUAUUCAAUGACACAUACUGAUGGUGUUGUCACGAUGGAAAUUGUCGAUUGCAAACCAGAAGACAGCGGCAAAUAUCGUUGUGUGGCUACCAACAAACACGGCACAGAUGAGACGAGCUGCGUUGUUAUUGUUGAAGGUACUGGCGAAACCGAUGAAGAAAUUCAAAUGGCUCAUGACUUUUUGCAUUCGGGAGAUCGAAAGUUCAUCGAACAUCCUCUGAAACCACCUAUUCAACCAAUCGUCACGGUUCACACUUCAUCAGGAUAUAGUGGUUACUCUAGUAAGACAACUGGACAGGAAACGUCGCGUAAUUAUUCUAGUUCCUCAUCAGCGUAUAGAGACACCUCAUCGACACUGAAACAAAGUUCAGCAGUCGACAAAUCCAGCUCGAAGAUAUCCACGGAGAUAAGUGGCAAAUUGAAUGAAUUAGCAUCGACACCCACGGUAGAUAAGAAAGCAACUAAAAAGUACGGCAGUAAACUCGAUACAACCGGUAGCCCAUCAAGGUCAAGAAGUGCAACUAAAGAACUUAUUCAUCCUCCAGACGACGCGUCUAUGUGUCCUCCUAAAUUCACUCAAGAAUUGAGUGACAUAACAAUCGAUGAUGGAACUAAACUCGAGCUAGUCGCUAAAGUUGAAGGCGAUCCAGAACCACAAGUGAGCUGGACGAAGAACGAUAACCCUCUGAGCUCAUCGGAAGUUAUGGAUCUGAAGUACAAAGGUGGUAUCGCAACUCUUACAAUCAAAGAAGUCUUCCCCGAAGAUGAGGGCACUUAUGUUUGUACGGCAACAAAUAGUAUCGGUUCUGUCACAACAACUUGUAAACUGACAAUUAAUCCAAUGGCAGUCGCAGCAGAAAAACCAAAAGAAGAGGAAGAAGUUGAAAAGGCUCCAAAAAUAGUAGAUCAUUUGAAGAGUUCUUCUGUCACUGAUGGUGAUGGCGUCACCCUGAGUUGUCGAAUCAUCGGCGCGAAGAAGUUCGAUGUCGUUUGGUUACACAAUAACAAAGAGAUAAAGCCCAGUAAAGACUUUAAAUACACAAACGAAGCUAAUAUUUACAAGCUACAAAUCGCAGAGAUCUUCCCAGAGGAUAGCGGCACAUACACAUGUGAGGCCUUCAACGACAUAGGAGAAAGUUUCUCGUCCUGUACCCUUAAUGUCCUUGUUCCCAAUGAGGAACCCAAGAGUCCAGUGUUCACGACAUUCCCACAGUCGGCAACCGUUAGUGAAGGUGAAGCGGUUAAUUUUGCUUGCCAGACUGCAACUGCACCUUUAAAAGUAACGUGGCUGAAGGAUGGUAAGCCGAUUGAUGAAACGAGUAGCAGGUAUACCUUCAGUGCGGACGGCGAAACGUCAUUCAAAUUGAAAAUAAAAGCAUGCACAGCUGCGGACGUUGGACAAUAUUUAGCACGUGCAAUCGGCAAAAAGGGUGAGACGAACGCCGCUUUCGCCCUCAAUGUCACUGCAAACGAUCUCUGAGUCUGUCAUUAAUCAGCCUCAAUCAUUUACGACUCAUCAAAAUAAAAAAAGCGCAACUGCCAAACGAAAACAGUUACGUCAACAUGACAUUUACCAUUAAUAUAAUAAAAUAAAAUUUCAAAUACAAUGAUAAAAACAUGACCUGCUCUCGAUGCAGCGUCCACGAAAACUAACGAAAAUUAUACACGAUAAUCGGAAGCAGGUCGUAAGAAUGUCGUCGAAUACGAAGGUUACUUAAUUAUAUCACGAGAUAAAAUAUUCAUGCAUGAAAGUUGAAAGGAUUAUUAUUAUUAUUAUUAUUAUUAUCGUUACUAUUUAUUACCGAUACAGUAUGAAGAUACUAUGGGACAAUAUGUUUUUCUUUGUUUGUUUGUUACUUUGCGAAAAAAAAAUAAAUGCGUUUACAUUACGUGACUUCAUGCACCGUGAAUAGAAAUCGUUAAUUUUUUUCUUUUUUAAAACGUGGUAAGGAAUCAAGUUUUAAUAGAAUUUUGCCAGCAUCCUCCGAACAACAUCAAAUUCUAGAAAAAUUAGAUUCUUUCUCACGUUAGAAAGAAGAAAUAGUAAAAACGACGCUGUCAACCGUGUAACCAAACGCAUUGUCGUGUUAUAUUUGUUUUAAAGACUGCUUCCACUAUAAAAUAUAUGAUAAAUAAAAAAAUA